UUCCAAACGAGGUUAUUCGAACCGCAUCGUGCACGAGUAUAUUCGUGUUUUCGUGAAAAGAGGUUCCGCACUCCACCCAUGGACCAAACAUUGGAAGAUUCAUCAGACGAGGAAGGCAGUCUAAGCAGCAGCGUGUUUGAGACCCCAAUCCUUGCAGGGGACACAACUCAGACCAGCAGCAGUUCCAGGUUGAAUGCACCUAUCAUGGCCCUUAAGGGUGUUGCCAGUGAUUUCAGCAGAAGCAGUAUGGGUUUGACGAGGCGGAGACUUGAUACAGAGGACUUUGAGAAUAUUUCUAUGAGUGCUUUUGAAGAGACUGAUUCAGAGUGUUGUCAUGGGCAGCCUGUGGCAGGUGAUGAUGCUCUUUCUUCCAGUACAGCAAGAAAACUGGAUGAUAUUGCAGAGGAUGAAGAGUUUUAUCAAUGUGUGUCAGUAUCUUCAAACAAAGCUCCUAAGAUGAAUAAGACAGAAGUUGUAGAAUCAUUCAAUAAGAGGCCAUUGUCAGAUGAAAGCAGAGAGACUGACAUGGAAGCAAUAAAUGAGGACUCGGGCGUUAAAUAUGUGAGGUUUCUUGGUGGGGACGUCUCCAAUGGCGAUGUACAUCUAUGUGAGGACAUCUCUGAAAGCAGUCACUUGGACCAUAACGCCAGUUCCACGCCUGAUGCAACCAGUCAUGUAGACCACAAUGCCAAUACCACUCCUGAUGCCAAUUACAAGUUCAGGAAGCACAGCAGUGGGGAUCUUCACAGCAGACUGAAGACCCGCAAGCUCCUUGGUGUGGGUGAGACAGAUGAUGGAGAUGUUCACAGGUCAAAGUUGAGCCAGAUCCUGGGUCACAGUGACCAGCUGUACAUCCGUCUGCCCAACGGCCUCAGGUUGUGGCUCAUCAUCCUGUCCCUUCUGAUUUCCAUCCUGGCAGUCUGGGCGCUGCUGUUUCCAAGCCACUAUUUCUCCACAAUGUAUGAUGUUGACGGCUCCACAUUUGCCUUUCCUGUCAGACUGUACGCCUGUGCCCUUAUCUCGAUAGCGGUGAUGUACUGGAGCACGGUGCAGGCCUCUGACAGGGAUGUCAUCCGUACGAUCCUCCUCUCCAGUGUUGUGUUCUUUGCCCUGCAAAUUUGUGUGUUGCUGAGUUGUUGGCUACCAUGGCUACCUUCUUCCCACCCAGCCUCAGUCCUGUGUUCCGUUGUUUUGGCGUUGAUAGCACGGCUUGUCAUCAUAGCAAUGUCGUCUUAUUUUUAUUGGAUAACUCAUAAGGAUGGGAAAAGCAAGGAUGUGAAAUACUUUCGAUAGUUGUAUCGAUAUCAAAACACUAUGGCACCAAACAGAACUUGCAAUGUGAUGUUGCUCUGCAUCAUUUCAUCUACCUUGACCUUGAACCGCCGAUCUGCGGGCAUCAUGGGAUUGCAGUGCAUCACCAUUCUGAUUGGCUACUAUUUUUACUGUUGCGUGCUGGGGCUUCACACUGGUUUCAUCAAGAGGACCACAUCCAAUAAAGACUUGACAGAAAAGGAUCAAUAAAAAAUGCAGUAGGGUGACAAAUGGCUGUUAAAUAAUUAUGCGUAAAACACAAUGAUUUGCAUGCCUUGAAUAAAAAAGGUUCUGGCAUUCCAUGUGUGUGGAUAAAUGGCCAAGAAGCAUAUUUAUAACUACAAACGAAUAGUAGUGAUGGCAUUGAAUAUUGAAUUGUUUGAAUAUUUCAAAACUAUAAGUAUUUAGAAUAGUAUUUUGCUAUUUGAAUACCUGGUUCUACUGUUUUCUAGAUGUUUGUUUUUUAGCUCACCUGAUUGCUCAGGUGAGCUUUUCUGAUCGGUCUUUGUCCAUCGUAUGUCCGUCCUUCCGUAAACAUUUGCUUGUAAACACUCUAGAGGUCACAUUUCUUGUCCCAUCUUCAUGAAACUUGGUCAGAAGCACUGUCCCAAUGAAAUCUCAGCCGAGUUCGAAACUGGGUUGUGCCGGGUCAAAAACUAGGUCACUGGCUAAAAAAAAAGAAAAACCUUGUAAACACUCUAGAAGUCACAUUUCAUGCCCAAAAUUCAUGUAACUUUGUCAAAAUGAUUGUCUUAAUGAUAUAUUGGUUAAGUUCAAAAGUGGUUCCGAUCCGUUGCAAAACAUGGCCGCCAGUGGGCAGGGCAGUUAUUCUUAUUUGGCUAUAGAGAAACCUUGUUAACACUCUAGAAGUCACAAUUUUUGCCCAAUCAUCAUGAAAGUGAAAAUUGGUUUUAUUGAUAUCUCGGACGAGUUUGAAAAUGGUCGGGAUUGGUGAAAAAACAUGGCUGCCAGUGGGUGGGGCAUUUUUCUCUAUCAGAACAUUUGUUUCCUUGAUACGAGAGUUUAGUUCAAAAAUGGUUCUGGUCCGUUGAAUAACAUGGCUGCUGGGAGGGGGGCAGUUUUCUCAUUAUGCCCCCCCCCCCCCCUUUCAAAGAAGAGGGGGUAUAUUGUUUUGCUCAUGUCGGUCUAUCUGUCCACCAGAUGGUUUCCGGAUGAUAACUCAAGAGUGCUUAUGCCAAGGAUCAUGAAACUUCAUAGGUACAUUGAUCAUGACUUGCAGAUGACUCCUAUUGAUUUUUAGGUCACAAGGUCAAAGGUCAAGGUCACGAAGACCCGAAAUAGUAAAAUGGUGUCCGGAUGAUAACUCAAGAACACUUAUUCCUAGGAUCAUGAAACUUCAUAGAUACAUUGAUCAUGACUCGCAGAUAACCCCUAUUGAUUUUCAGGUCGCUAGGUCAAAGGUCAAGGUCACGAUGACCCUAAAUAGAAAAAUGGUUUCCGGAUGAUAACUCAAGAACGCUUAUGCCUAGGAUCAUGAAACUUCAUAGCUACAUUGAUCAUGACUCGCAGAUAACCCCUAUUGAUUUUCAGGUCGCUAGGUCAAAGGUCAAGGUCACGAUGACCCGAAAUAGAAAAAUGGUUUCCGGAUGAUAACUCAAGAACACUUAGGCCUAGGAUCAGGAAACUUAAAAGGUACAUUGAUCAUAACUCGUAGAUGACUCCUAUUAUUUUCAGGUCACUAGGUCAAAGGUCACGGUGACCCAAAAUAGUAAAAUGGUUUCUGGAUGAUAACUCAAGAACGGUUAGGCCUAGGAUCAUGAAACUUCAUAGGUACAUUGAUCAUGACUCGAAGAUGACCCCUAUUUAUUUCAGGUCACUAGGUCAAAGGUCAAGGUUGGGGUGACCUGAAAUAGUAAAAUGGUUUCUGGAUGUUAACUCAAGAACGCGUAUGCCUAGGAUCAUGAAACUUCAUAGGUAUAUUAAUCAUGACUCGCAGAUGACCCCUAUUGAUUAUCAGGUCACUAGGUCAAAGGUCAAGAUCACAGUGCCAAAUAAGGUAUUCACACAACGGCUGUCAAAGUCACGGUGACACAACUUAGAAAAAUGGUUUCUGGAUGAUAACUCUAGAAUGCUUACGCCUCGGAUCAUGAAACUUCAUAGGUAUACUGAUCAUGACUCGCAGAUGAAAUAAUGAUGAAACUUGACCAGGGUGUUUGUCUGGACAAUAUCUAGGUCAAGUUUGACAUUUGGUAAAGUUUGAAUGAACCAACUCCUCUCAGGUGAGCGAACUAGGGCCAUCUUGGCCCUCUUGUUUAAAUACUGUAUUAACUUCAGUCAGUCUGUGACUGUAUUAGCUCUUAAAUUAUGACCAACACUAUGUACCACCUAGGAUACUAUUGUAGGGUUGACAACAGUUUGCUGUUACUUUAAAUCUCUUAGUGUCAACUGUGUUUUAUUAUCAAGGGCAUAACGCAGAUGAAUUAACGUUUAAUUAAACAUAACAGAACAAUUAACAAGGUGAAUAAAAGCUAGGUACCGGUAAUAUAAUUGUAAUGUCCAUGUAUAAUUUGAAAUGGGUAUUUUCCAUUUAUUUAAAAAUGUGCAUAACGUUUUUAAAACCAAUUAACAAAAGCAACAAAAACAAAAGCAUAAUCAAGUGUAUAGCAUUAAACAAUUAACAUGCUUUUGGUGGCACUAUAUUCAUUAUUUUGGUAAAGAUGUCAUUGAAGAAUAAGACCUGUUUGUAUGUCCACUUUUUAAAUUAUAAAUGCAUAAACAAUUACUGCAAUUAUAUAUAAUUAUUAAAAACAUUUAACUGUUGGAAUGUGUUGAUUGUCGCACCAUUUAAAAAUUAUGUUUGUAGUUUCUAUGUUCACUCACUUAAAGUGUGAAAACUUUAAGAUCUUGCUUACAUUAUAUUGAAUACUUAAAUGAUUGAAUUUUCAAAUACCGCUGACCAAAUAUUUGAGUACCAAUUUUAAUGUUCAUUUCCAUCCCUAAAUUAUACAAAUUGUAUGUAUUUAUUUCCUAAGCUUUUUUGUCUAAUGUAUAUCAAUUUUAGAGUUAUACAAUAAUUAUGCCCCCCUUCGAAGAAGAGGGGGUAUAUUGCUUUGCUCAUGUCGGUCUGUCGGUCGGUCGGUCCGUCCACCAGGUGGUUGUCAGACGAUAACUCAAGAACGCUUGGGCCUAGAAUCAUGAAACUUCAUAGGUACGUUGAUCAUGACUCGCAGAUAACCCCUAUUGAUUUUGAGGUCACUAGGUCAAAAGUCAAGGUCACGGUGACCCGAAAUAGUAAAAUGGUUUUUGAAUGAUAACUCAAGAACGCAUACGCCUAGGAUCAUCAAACUUCAUGGGUAGAUUGAUCAUGACUCGAAGAUGACCCCUAUUGAUUUUGAGGUCACUAGGUCAAAGGUCAAGGUCACGGUGACCCGAAAUAGUAAAAUGGUUUCCGGAUGAUAACUCAAGAAUGCAUACGCCUAGGUCAUGAAACUUCAUGGGUAGAUUGAUCAUGACUCGCAGAUGACCCCUAUUGAUUUUGAGGUCACUAGGUCAAAGGUCAAUGUCACGGUGACCCGAAAUAGUAAAAUGGUUUUCGGAUGAUAACUCAAGAACGCAUAUGCCAAGGAUCAUGAAACUUGAUAGGUAGAUUGAUCAUGACUCGCAGAUAACCCCUAUUGAUUUUGAGGUCACAAGGUCAAAGGUCAAGGUCACGGUGACCCGAAAUAGUAAAAUGAAUUUCGAAUGAUAAUUCAAGAACGCUUUAGCCUAGGAUCAUGACACUUCAUAGGUACAUUGAUCGUGACUCGCAGAUGACCUCUAUUGAUUUUCAGGUCACUAGGUCAAAGGUCAAGGUCACAGUGACAAAAAACGUAUUCACACAAUUGCUGCCACUACAACGGACAGCCCAUAUGGGGGGCAUGCAUGUUUUACAAACAGCCCUUGUUAUUGUUGUGUUGUAUAAAGGUGUGUCAGAUUGGUUUCAUGGAUGGCAUGUCUUACAUAUAUUCCACUUAUUUUCGAUUAUUUCAAUGCUGUUGAAAUGUGCUUUAUGAAUUGUGUGAAAAUUAUAAGUGAAUAAUAUUAUAUUUGAGAAAAAAGGGAUAUAUUUGGAAGUUUUGAGGUCAAGCUUUUGUGGGAGCUGUUAUCUGUCCUUGCCUUUAUUAAGUUUGGUAUGUAUUUUGUCAGUAAUCAAUUUCUCUAAACCAAGCAAUAGUUAUCAAUCUAUUUGAAACAAUCAAUGCUACUUCUUGUUUGGUACUAACAAGACGAACCGUUCCCAUAGUUUAUAUGUUCAGAAUACACAUCCUUUGUUUUACAUAAAAGAUUGUUUGGAAUUAUGUGAAGAAAGAUGAUUGAUAAGCGAGUAUUUCUCUGACUAACUAUAGGGUUUAUCUCGGAUUACUUUCUUUACAAAAAGAGAUAUGCAAUGAUACAUCCUGGGUUUGUCAUCUACACAUGAGUGUAAACAAAACAGUGGUUCGAUGUGCACAUGUGUAUUUAAAAUACAUGAAUAUGGGAUCAGUAAAGGGAGGUAAUUUUACAGUGAACAAAAGUAUUUUCUGGGCUUUCAGAUAAUUCAUAUAAUUUUUUGGUGCAAUAUGUCUUUCUCUGUGUUCAUAAAUAGAGUUACAUUUUGUGAACGAUAUCAGUGCAUACCAAAAUAUCAAUUUUUAAUGAAAUAUUGAAUAAAAAUACUGAAGAAUGGUAAAUGAGAUUUGUUUCCCUUUAAUAUGUGAAUAAUAAACUUUAUAUUAGCACAUUUUGUGAGAAAUUUUGUGAGAAAUAUCUAUAAAUUCAACAAAUUGUGUAGAAUUUUAAAAGUGAAAAAUCAAUAAUGAGUGCAUGUUGACAACAUCAGUUUUUGGUUGAUUAUGAUGUUUCAAGAAAAAAAUAAAUUAAGGCAUUUGCUGAAUUGUAGUAGAGGAAUGAAAAUCUUAAGAACACUCUUUGGGCCAUAUUACAGAACAUUUUUUUUCACGUGCGAAUGCUAAUUAUAUCCCCACGCAGAAAUCCCAUUUCACUGGGACAAAAUUUGUAACCAGACAAUUUUAAAACUAUAUUACUUGCUUUUUUAUAAAUUGCUUGUGUCAAAUUAAAGAAUGUAAGUAUGUGACGAAUGAAAUAGUGUUUAAGGGUUACAUUACAUAAAAUAAAUGGAACAUCCUGCAAAUACUGCUGGCUGAGAAGUACUGCCUAACCUGUAUUAUGUACAUUGACGUGUUCCUUGUUAGCUCGGCUGUUUUUGGAGAAAACCCGAGGUAUUGUUAUAGCCAGCUUGUCCCCCAUCCCCAUCAUGCUAAAGCCUUAACAUUGGAUCUAAAAUCAAAGUUCUUUCACCUACAACUUUAAAACUUCAUAAGUAGCUGCACCUUGAUGAGUUCUACACGCCACAGCCAUUUUUGGGUCACUAGGUCAAAUUUCAAGGUCACUUCGACCUCUAAUAUAAAACUUCUGACAAGCUUUCAUUUAUUCAAAACUGCACCCGCAGCAGAGCGUUGGCACCCGCUAUGCGGUGCUCUUGUUUUAUUAAUAUAUUGCCUGGCUUUCAAUAAGUAUUACUGAGGUUUUAUCUGUACUUGCUUCACCCUAAAUAUAUAUUUAAGAUAACAUAUCGAUCUACAGUUUUUAAUUGCCAUAUUAGUUGUUCUUUAUUUAUAUAUAAAACUGCAAUUCACUACAAUUAUCCGCGGUCAUGUCCGGUAAAUCAUUUAAGAAUUUAUAUUAUAUUCAGUCAAAUUGAGCCCAUUGAUUAGUUAUGUCCAAUAAAAAUAUUGAUGAAUUAGAGGAAAAUUGCCCUUGAGGCGGAUAUUUGUAUCUUUUUAGUUUGCAAAGAUCAGGUUUUUUAGCAUGAUUUGUAACAAUUAUAACGAACACUUUACCCUUCAUACAAAAAUUAAUAAAAUGUUGAAUUAAAAUGUUAUAAAGUAUUAUUUCACGAUGACAUGUUGAAAAAACAAUUAAUUUAUACAUUUAUAUUCAACACAGGGCUGUUACUAUGAAAAUUGCAUUUUUAUAAAUAUACGGAUUUGAACCAAAUAAAUGCUAAAUAAAAGUAUGUGUCCGUGGUAAGGGCUAAUUAAGUCGUUUUUUGUUAAUCAACUAUUUUUCGAUGAACAUACAUGUAAGCAGGGGAUCAAAUAAUUGUUGGUAAAAUAGAUUCAUAUAAUAAUUAUGCUUAAGGCCUGCACAAGCCAAGUCCCGGCUAUGAACACAAAGCUGGUUAUUAUAGACUUAACCGUUAACCCAUCCCACUCGAGGGCUUGUUACCCUAUCUGUGCAGCUCUGAAAUAUUAAUGUUCUUCUCUCAGGGAAUGUUUAAAAGGUUGUUUGUUCAAAAAUUAUUUUGACAAAUUUGAAGUUUUGGUCUUGAGCAUGUUUACUGGUAACAGGAAAGGUUUUUGUCAGAAUAGUGUCUUUCUCUUAUUCUUUACCUUUUUAUUAAACUUAUUUAAUUUGAAUUCUCUUUAAUUCAAUUUAAGACAGGUAGAUGAAUUUAUUUCUGAGUGCAUUCAUACAAAGGUAGUGUAUAAGUAUUGAAGGUAGAUAACAUAUAACAAGUGAAAAAAGUUAAUCUGUUAUUGUUGUGUAAAGGCAAUUGUCCUUUCCAGAUCAAGUCCUUAUUUGGCAUAAUACAGAGGGGUUAAUCAUGUGAUAGUCAAGAUGGCAAUGUUCAUGCCGAGGCAGGUAUUUUUAGCUCACCUGAGCGAUAGCUCGAGGUGAGCUAUUGUGAUCACUCAGCAUCCGGCGUCCGUCUGUCUGUCUGUAAACAAUUUGUAAACAUCUUCUUCUACUAAACCAUUGAGCCAAUUUCAACUAAAUUUCAUGUGGAGCAUCCCUCAUGGGACAAAAGAAUUGUUAAAAAAAAUUUGAUCGCAUAACCAAGAUGGCCGCCAUGACCAUAUAUGGUAAAAACCUUAAAAAAUCUUCUUGUCAGAAACCGCUCAUCAGAUUUUCAAAAAAUUUCACAGGGAUGACCUUUGAAGGCUCCCCUGAAAAAGUUGUUCAAAGAAAUUUGAUUCGUCAAAAAACAUGGCCGCAGGAGCUCGUUGAACUUUGCAUGUUUAUUCGUUUUUGCCUAUUUUGUGAAAACUUUAAAAAAUCGUCCACAUUUUUUGUCCGAUCCUUUCCAAAUUUGCACAGUGUCUUUAUAUCGAUGAGGACACGAACCCUACAAAAAAUGAGCAUUAUUGGUCCAUGAAGUACAGAAUUACCUCCCCUUGAAUUGAGAAAAUGGUGUUUAUGCAAUAAAGUCCAAAUUUUUCAUCCAAUUCUUUCCAAACUUGUAAGGAUUUAGCAUGGUUCAAACAAGGGAAACAACUAUGGUUUAUACAUGUUCUUUUUAUAACAGAUUUGCCUCCCUUUAAUUCAUUCAAAAUCUUAUUUUACAGCAGAGAUUCCAAAUCUGACCUGUAAAUGAGCCCCAUAUUUACUGCCAGUGCUAGGUUACCUUUUCCCAUUUGAUCAUUCUAAAGUAUUGGUCUUGUAAUGCUGCUACUGCUUCUGCUACUAUUACUACUACUACUACUACUACUACUACUACUACUACUACUACUACUACUACUACUUCUACUACUACUACUACUACUACUACUACUACUACUACUACUACUACUACUACUACUACUACUACUACUACUACUACUACUACUACUACUACUACUACUACUACUACUACUACUACUACUACUACUAGUACUACUACUACUACCACCACCACCACCACCACCACCACCACCACCACCACCACCACCACCACCACCACAACCACCACCACCACCACCACCACCACCACCUUCUACUACUACUGCCACGACUACUACUACUUUUACCACUACUACUACUACUACUACUACUACUACUACUACUACCACUACUACUACUACUAUUACUACUACUACUACUUCUACUACUACUACAUAACUUCUACUACUACUACUACUACUACUACUACUACUACUACUUCUACUACUACUACUACCACCACCACCACCACCAUUCACAGUGACAAAAAACGUAUUCACACAAUGGCUGCUACUACAACUAAAAGCCCAUAUAGGGGGGCAUGCAUGUUUUACAAACAGCCCUUGUUUCUAUGGGAUUUUAACCACAACUGUUCAUGUUUAUCUCCGACACAUAUAUUUAGGUCAACUGUCAUGAAGUGACACGGUGAGCUUAUGUGAUCGUGUGAUGUCUGGCGUCCGUUGUGCGUGCCUGCGUGAGUCCGUGCGUCCGUCCGUCAACAAUUUGUUUGUGUAGACAGUAGAGGUCACAGUUUGCAUUCAAUCUUGAUGAAAUUUGGUCAAAAUGUUUAUCUUGAUGAAAUCCGGUUUGGGAUUGUAUUUGGGUCAUCUGGGGUCAAAAACAAGGUCACUAGGUCAAAUAAUAGAACAACCUUCUGUAGACAAUAGAGGUCACAGUUUUCAUCCAAUCUUUAUGAAAUUUGGUCAGAAUGUUUAUCUUGAUGAAAUCUGGGUUGGGAUUUUAUUUGGGUCAUCUGGGGUCAAAAACUAGGUCACUAGGUCAAAUAAUAGAAAAACCUUAUGUAGACAUUAGAAAUCACAGUUUUCAUCCAACCUUUAUGAAAUUUGGUCAGAAUUCUUGAUGAAAUCUGGGUGGGAUUGUAUUUGGGUCAUCUGGGGUAAAAAUCUAGGUCAAAUAAAUAGAAAAACCUUGUGUUGACAAUAGAGGUCACAGUUUUCAUCCAAUAUUUAUGAACUGUGGUCAGAAUGUUUAUCUUGAUGAAAUCUGGAUUGGGAUUGUAUUUGGGUCAUCUAAAGUCAGGAACUAGGUCACUAGGUCUAAUCAUAGAAAAACAUUGUGUAGACAAUAGAGGUCAUAGUUUUCAUCUGAUCUUAAUGAGUCAGGUGAGCGAUUCAGGGCCAUCAUGGCCCUCUUGUUGGCCUUUCUAUACCCUUUAUUACUUGUAUUAAUUUUGUAAUGCCGCUCACUUUCCAGCCAUAUCCGCAAGAAAGUUUUUUUAGUAUAAAAAUUCGCUCUAUAUCUUGACACUACUCACUGCAAAAUUUCUUAGCGGGACGACCUAAUUACAUCACCGCAAAAAAAUAUUUGGGAAGUAGAGUCAAGAUUUAAAGAUACGUUUAAUAAGAAAUAAAAGUUCAUUACAUUUUUCAUGAUAUGGUUGGAAAGUGAGCGUCAUUUACAAAUUAAACAAAAGUAUUACAGGGUAUACAAUGGCGUGAAAUAACUGUCUAGGGAUGGAUGUGGCCAUCCAGACUAUCACGUGAUUACCCUAUCUGUAAUAGCUGUGACUUGCUCUGCAGAUAAACCUUUAGGCCAACAACAAGUAGGUGUACAUAUCUUUCAAAUGCAAUAUUGGAUUUAUCUAAUUCCUUCAUACUGUUCUUGUUGUAUUGUUGGCUUUUGUAUUUUAUUAGUGAGCAAAUUGUACUUGCCAUAUCGUUUUUUAAUUAUUAUUAAUAUGUAAUUAUUAUAGUUUGUUUCUACCAAUUUAUUACAUAUUGAUUGAAAAAAACACUUUUAGUUAAGGGUUAGGUUGGUGGUUAUCACAAUGGAGGGGAUUCCCUUUGGGUACUUAUGUUGGUGGCCAUCACAAUGUAGGGUAUUCUCUCUGGGUACUUCUGUUGGUGGCCAUCACAAAGGAGGGGAUUCUCUCUGGGUACUAAUGUUGGUGGCCAUCACAAUGGAGGGGAUUCUCUCUGGGUACUUCAGUCUUUUGGUGGCCAUCACAAUGGAGGGGAUUUUUCGCUUGGUACUUCUGUUGGUGGCCAUCACAAUGGAGGGGAUUCUCCCUGGGUUCUUGUGAUCUGUUGGUAGCCAUCACAAUGGAGGGGAUUCCCUCUGGGUACUUCUGUUGGCGGCCAUCACAAUGCAGGGGAUUCUCUCUGGGUUCUUCUGUUGGUGGCCAUCACAAUGGAGGGGAUUCCCUUUGGGUACCUCUGUUUGUGGCUAUCACAAUGGAGGGGAUUCUCUCUGGAUACUUUUGUUUGUGGCCAUCACAAUGGAGGGGAUUCUCUCUGGGUACUUUUGUUUGUGGCCAUCACAAUGGAGGGGAUUCUCUCUGGGUACAUGGCCAUCACAAUUGGCGGGGAUUCUCUCUGGGUACUUCUGUUGUUGGUCAUCACAAUGGAGGGUAUUCUCUCUGGUUUCUUCUGUUGGUGGCAAUCACAAUGGAGGGGAUUCCCUCUGGGUACUUCUGAUUCCCAACACAAACACACACACACACACUAUACACACCAGAAUGCAAACUUUGGUAUGUUUAAUGUGAAAUUCCUAUAUUAAAAUUGCAGUUAUAAAUUAACAGUACUCUCAACUCUCUCUCUCUCUCUACAAAUAAUGUUAAUUAAAGCUGUCUGAGUGGUUUACAGCUAGGUCAAUCUAGCUCCACUAUCCAAAGAUAUAAACUACUUUGAUAACCAAUACCCAACUUGAACAAGACAUAAUCUAAAAAUGUGUUCACAAGCCAUCUUUAAGAUUUAAAUAAAGUUUCCAUAACUGUUAGUUGUAUUUUCUGAUUGCAUUGGAGAUGUUAAACACUCAUGGAUUCUGAAUACAUGUAGUUAAAUGCUCCAGAAAUCAUACCUUGGGCACAUUGUAAGAAUAUAUAUUUUUAGAAGUCAUCUCCUCUCAAGAUAUAGUUUGUAUACCAUGCAUCAUUUAGCAGCAUUCUUGCCUGUAAUAUGUGUUUGUCAAUAUUAUGUAGUGUGUAAGCCAGUGGAGAAUUAGCUAAUGACAUUAAGACAUUAUUAUACCAUGCAUAGUUUUACUGGUUUAUCCUUAUUUAUUGUUGCAAUUCAUUUUGAGUAAUGGCUUUUAAUGCCCUCUCACAGCAUGAUGAUUUAAUUGGAAUUUGAAGGUGUUAGUUACAGACUGUGACAAUAAGAUGUAAGUCAUCCAUGGGAUGCUAAAUGGCCUAUUUGAUUCUGUGUUGUUUACUUUUAACAUUGUAUCAAUCUCCCUUGAAAAAAAAACACAAAAUGCUCUCUCCAUUGCUUGUAUUGUAUUGGUGAUAUCAAUUUGGAAUAAAGUUUGAUUAGAAGAUAAGUUAUUUUGAUAAAUUACAACCCAUAUUGAACUUUUCAUGUAUAUGUGUCUCGCCACACUGAAGGUACAGAUUGAAUCCAAUAUGUCCUAUUCAUGUUUUAAUCAUAUGUACAGAUUGUGAUUGCCUCCUUUGAGACUGAAAGUAAUUAAUGUUUAUGUAUUUCUUUUUCUUAUUUUUCGGAUAUUCCACAAACAUUGUUGUAUGUUUUGCCAUAUAAAAUCAUUUACUAUAUAUCAUAUAUAUAAGAUAAAGUCUUGUCUUGUUUAAA